GCCCCACCCCCACCCCCUUGCAAACAUGAUUAACUUUCCACUUGCAGUGACCUGCCCUCCAGUGUGACUUAUCAGCUGUUGGGCCUUUGUUGCUAAAAGAAAACAAAUUGUGGAAUGUACUGCUCUGCCUGCUAAUGAAAUGGCCGAGCCAUCCCGGGGGGUUAUGAGAAGGUUUGCAAGUGAGGAGAAUAAUGAUCUUCAGUUUCUGACCUCCUGGCACUGCGGCAGUAUUUAUCAGGAGGUGCAUGUGACUGGUUAAGACACAGAGCCUCAGCUUGAAGGAAACAGCUGCUCUCGGCGUGCUCCGGCACUUGGCAGCUGGACAGGCAGAGGGCUGAUGUGAAAAAUACCGGACAAAACCACCCCAGUUCUCCAAAGUUCUUAUAAUUUGAGUUGAACAAACCAAUCCCAUAGACAGCUUCCUCAAUAUAUUUCCCAAUGAUGAGACUGCCCUUAAAAUUGUUUUGAAUUUGGAAAUCUGUGGGAAAACAGCAGCGUUUUCUUGAAGUACAACCAAGUCUAGAGGUCACCGCCUGUCACACCCGUCAUCACCGACUUGCAUGGAGUAUGGAGAUGGUCCAUCUGAUGUUGAAAAUGUCUCUGGUAUUUUGACAACGGCUAAAUAAUCAUGGGGUCCAGUGGCCUUGGGAAAGCAGCCACGUUGGACGAGCUGCUGAGUGCAUGCAUUGAGAUGUUUGAUGACAAUGGAGAGCUGAAUAAUAGUUACUUGCCAAGAAUAGUCCUACUGAUGCACCGAUGGUAUUUAUCUUCCACUGAAUUGGCAGAAAAACUUCUCUGCAUGUACAGGAAUGCCGGUGGAGAGCGCUGUGAUGAGUUUCGAUUAAAGAUCUGCUACUUCAUGAGGUACUGGAUUCUGAAGUUUCCAGCAGAGUUUAAUUUGGACCUUGGUUUAAUUCGCAUGACAGAGGAAUUCCAAGAAGUAGCUAGUCAACUAGGAUAUGAGAAACAUAUUGGCCUCAUCGACAUAUCCAGCAUUCCUUCCUAUGACUGGAUGAGAAGAGUCACACAGAGGAAAAAAGUAUCCAAGAAGGGAAAAGCCUGUCUGCUGUUUGACCAUCUGGAGCCCAUUGAAUUGGCUGAGCACCUUACUUUUCUGGAGCAUAAAUCUUUUAGAAGGAUCUCAUUCACCGAUUAUCAGAGCUAUGUCAUCCAUGGCUGCCUGGAGAAUAAUCCAACCUUGGAGAGAUCUAUUGCUUUAUUUAAUGGAAUCUCUAAGUGGGUCCAGUUGAUGGUUCUUAGCAAACCAACCCCUCAGCAAAGGGCAGAAGUCAUCACAAAGUUUAUCAAUGUUGCAAAGAAGCUCCUUCAGCUCAAAAAUUUUAACACACUGAUGGCGGUGGUGGGAGGCCUUAGUCAUAGUUCCAUUUCACGCCUCAAAGAGACCCAUUCUCAUCUUUCCUCAGAAGUUACAAAGAACUGGAAUGAAAUGACAGAGUUAGUCUCCUCCAACGGCAAUUACUGCAAUUACCGCAAGGCCUUUGCUGACUGCGAUGGCUUCAAAAUCCCCAUUCUUGGAGUACACUUGAAAGACUUGAUAGCAGUCCAUGUCAUUUUCCCAGACUGGACUGAGGAGAACAAAGUGAACAUUGUGAAAAUGCACCAGCUCUCCGUCACCCUGAGUGAACUGGUCUCCCUGCAGAGUGCCUCUCACCACUUAGAACCCAACAUGGACUUGAUCAACCUGCUCACGCUUUCUCUGGACCUCUAUCACACGGAAGAUGAUAUUUACAAACUGUCACUGGUGCUGGAGCCUAGAAAUUCUAAAUCACCUACCUCCCCCACGACGCCCAACAAGCCUGUGGUGCCCCUGGAGUGGGCGUCGGGGGUGAUACCCAAGCCAGACCCCACGGUCAUCAACAAGCACAUAAGGAAGUUAGUUGAGUCUGUGUUUAGGAACUAUGAUCAUGACCAUGAUGGGUACAUUUCCCAAGAGGACUUUGAGAGUAUAGCUGCCAAUUUUCCCUUCCUGGAUUCAUUCUGUGUGCUGGACAAAGAUCAGGAUGGCCUAAUUAGCAAAGAUGAAAUGAUGGCUUACUUCCUGAGAGCUAAAUCCCAACUACACUGUAAAAUGGGACCAGGAUUUAUCCAUAAUUUUCAGGAGAUGACCUAUCUCAAGCCAACCUUCUGCGAACACUGUGCAGGAUUUCUCUGGGGCAUAAUCAAGCAAGGAUACAAAUGCAAAGACUGUGGAGCCAAUUGUCAUAAACAGUGCAAAGACCUCCUGGUUCUGGCUUGUAGGAGGUUUGCCCGGGCACCGUCCUUGGGCAGUGGUCACGGGUCACUGCCUGGAAGCCCCUCGCUGCCCCCAGUGCAGGAUGAAGUAUUUGAGUUUCCUGGGGUUGCUGCCGGACAUCGGGACCUGGACAGCAGAGCUAUUACACUGGUCACUGGUUCUUCUCGCAAGAUCUCCGUGAGGCUGCAGCGGGCCACAACCAGCCAGGCCACCCAGACUGAGCCUGUGUGGUCAGAGGCUGGCUGGGGAAACUCAGGGUCCCACACCUUCCCCAAGAUGAAAUCCAAGUUCCACGACAAAGCAGCAAAGGACAAAGGCUUUGCCAAGUGGGAAAAUGAGAAGCCCAGAGUGCAGGCUGGGGUGGAUGUUGUAGACCGAGGCACUGAAUUUGAACUUGACCAGGAUGAAGGAGAGGAGACCAGACAGGAGGGUGAGGAUGGCUGACUCCUGGCUGAGGAACCGGAAGGCAACGAUGUUGGCGUUUGGAAGGAACGGAUGAGAAAGUUGAUAGCAAGCUGGACUCUCAGGAAGUUAUGUGGAAAGACCUGGACGUCUACUGCCCGGUGACGUUGUGGGAUCUCCCGGAGUGGACGAUGGGAGCCAGGAGUCACCCUAACGAGGGACUAUCUACUUCUCCUCCUCUGCCCUUGGUUAGCCUGUGUCCUGCAGUCUGUGCUUUCCCUACACGACCUUUUCCAGAGCCACUUACAUACGGGUGAACGAAAGCUCUGGUAGAUGUACUUGAUACUCAUUUUCUACACUCAGACAUCACUCCUGAGAAUGUUACUUCAGUAUUUUUCUGAACUUUUGUGUGUCUUGUGGGAGGGGUUUGGAGGUCUUUUUUGUGUGCUUUUGGGCGGGACCAAGACAUAAUUAUCUUCCGCAGGACAGGAAGCCCUUCAGACCCUGGAAAGCAACAGAUCUUCUUAUGAUGAUCUGUUGCAACAAAAAGCUGUUUACAUUGCUCCUUCUACACAGUCGCUCUGACAGGUCACAAGUCCCUUAUGUACAUAUCACGUGAGUCUUACCAAUCCUGCCUCCCAGGAAGCUCUGACAUGGCAGAGAAAGCUCUCCUAUUAUUUAUAACAGGUAUAGGGUAAGAUUAACUAUUCUUAUCCGAUCUGACUGGGUUAAGCUAUCUUUCUUAAGAUUCUUGAAAUAGAAUUAGCAAUUAGGAAAUCAAUUCAAGUUUGGGGGGAUAACAUUUAGCUGAACAAACGGCUAGGUGAAAUGCAAAACCACCAUCUAUUGUUAAAAACCCAAAAUAAUUUGAAGAAUUUUGUUUGUUUAAAAAAAAAAAAAUCCCAAAAGGUUCUCUGGGUUGUAAAAACAAACCCUUGUACUUUUCCUAAGAAAUUGCCACUUAUCAUUAAAUAAUAUUCGUAGACAGAAAAUCAUCAUAAAUCACCUUUAACAUUUCAUUUAAACUUCUAAAAUACCAAUAUUUUCAAUAUCUUCCUUUGACAUAAAAUAACUAGGUAUGAGUCUAUUUCUUACAUGAUUGGAGGAGAGAGAACUUGAUUCAAGGUAUUCAAAAACAGAGACAGGAUUGAGCCUGUGGGUCAGAGAAAUGAUUUGAAACCCAGUGACUAGUCAGGAACAGUUCCACAGAGGUGUUGCUGCUCCACACUUGAGGACUAAAGUGUAUAUAUUGCAUAGGAAACAGUUUGUCACUAUUUGGGGCACUCUGUAAAGCCUUUCCCCUCUCUUACUGAGGACAGUUCUGCUCAGCAAACUUGUGGAGCAUGUGCUCCGGGAAGGUCAAUGACAAAGACAAGCAAAUCUUGGUCUCAGCCCUCAGGACCCCAGAGCCCGUGGAGAUUUAAGCAGAGCAGUUCUGCUGACUUAAAAUAUGGUUCCACAUUCAGGGAUUGGAAAUACUGAAAAUUAAAUGAAAUUAUCAGUUGUGGGAACCGUGAUUAAGCUAGAUAUUAAUAAGAGAACUAAGCAUUCGCCAGCACCUCGGAGGGCACACAGCCAUCCUCAGGGGUUGGUUUCACGUGUACACACUAUCUACUCCGAUUCUCAAGUGCAGUGGAAGAUGUGAAUGAAGUUUAAAACAGAAAACAGUAAGUUAAAUAGAAGAAAUCUUUCUUGUGUUUAAAAAAAUUUUUUUGAAGAAAAUUCAGGAAGAAACUUGUUAAUAAAUGUUAUAUUCUUUUACUUAUCAAAGAAAUUAUUUCACUUGCCACUUAGUUUGAGUAGUUUUGAGUUUUCCUAUAUAGAACGAAUUUUAUAUUGUAUUGUCAGCUUUCCUGUGACAAAGAUACUAAAUGUAACUUGUGUAAAAAAAUAAACAAAUAUAAACAAAAGAAAA